AGAUCUGUCAGUUUCAGGAUGUACUACAGAUAGCGGGUCUCUGAACUCAUCCCGACGCCGCCGGACAAGAACCAACCGAUCCGCCCGGUGUGUCCGUUAUCUUCUCAACGGAAACACAAUUGAGUUUACUUAUAAAUAAUAACUCCACCCGCCGUUAUAAGUUGUUGUAGUUUAAAAACAGUUCGGGGUUCACUCUGCUGUGAUGCACGGGUUUGUAGCUAGCUAACGUUAGCCGGAGCGAGCUAGCGUCCAUCGUCCACUGUUCGGGGGGGAAAGUAGCGGAGUCCGUGUUCCUUCUUUCAGCCGUGUGGGGGGUGAAUACACCGGGGUAAGCAUGGAGAACAGUAACCGCUUUGUAGAACUGUACCACUAUCUCCAAGACCCCCACCUUGUCGCCCGCUUUCAGCGCUUCUGUGGGGUACACGGGACGUUUCCGAGAACCGUCUGUGCGGCGGGUAUCAGCGCGGAAGCGGACCGGACUCACUCGCAGAACAACGGGGCUUGCCAUCAUCACAUCGCCGCCGGGGGAAAUAAGAGUGAGAAGUCGGCUGGUAUCGGAGCAGGGGAAGGGAGGAAAGCGCAAACAGCAGCGGCGGGUGUACGGAAGAGGGGUAUUGAUUCAAACGUGGCGACAAAGAGAGGGGAGGAAAGUGAGAAUCCUCCCCAGAAUGGAGCAGUUGUGUCCGGGGCGACCGCCGGGGGAGAGACGUUUGGUGCGGGGAGUAACGGUCGCAGCCUCGCCAGGGAGCCAGAGGAGCAGGGCGGUAAAGCCCCGGGUCCAUCAGGGAGCAGCAUGGUGAAACCCCUCCGCAAAAACUCUCUAACAGGCGAUGCCGGGCAGGAGUUCCUCAUCGGGAACCGGUUCCUGUACUACAUGUUCACUUUCGGGACCGAGCUGGGCAACGAGCUCUUCUACAUCACCUUCUUCCCCUUCGUCAUCUGGAACAUGGACGCCUUCGUGGGCAGGAGGCUGAUCAUGGUGUGGGUCUGGGUCAUGUACCUGGGGCAGUGCACUAAGGAUGUGAUCGGGUGGUCGCGACCCGCCUCACCACCUGUCGUCAAAGUGGAGAUGUUUUACAACUCUGAGUACAGCAUGCCGUCCACACACGCCAUGUCGGGCACAGCCAUCCCUUUCUCCCUGUUCUUCAUGACCUACGGCCGGUGGGAGUACCCGUUCACACUGGGCUUCAGCUUGGCUCUCUGCUGGUGUCUGCUGGUCUGUGUCAGCCGAAUCUACAUGGGAAUGCACUCAGUCCUGGACGUCAUCGCUGGCUUCCUCUACAGCGGCCUGAUCCUGCUCUUCUUCCUGCCGGCACUGGACCUGAUCGACGGCUUCAACCUGACUUGCCGCUACGCCCCGCUCAUCAUCAUCUCCCUCCACCUGGGCCUGGGCCUUUUCUCCUUCACCCUGGACACGUGGAGCACCUCGCGGGGCGACACCGCUCAAAUCCUGGGCACAGGUGCCGGCGUGGCCCUCGCCUCCCACGUCAACUACUACCUGGGUCUGAUGCCGGACCCUACAGCAGACCAGCUCCCCUUCACCAUGUCCACCCUCAGCGCUGGCUUGGUGGGUGUCACCUUGCUGCGACUGGUUCUGGGCGUGCUGGUGCUGAUGGCCACGCGGGCGCUGAUGAAGGCCAUCACCAUCCCGGCGGUGUGCUGGGUGUUCGGGGUGCCCAGCACAGACGUGAGGAAGGCCAGGCAGCACAUGGAGGUGGAGCUGCCUUACCGCUACAUCGUUUAUGGAGCGGUGGGCUUCAACGUGCUCUUCUUGGUGCCGCUGCUCUUCAGCUACACUCAGCUCUCCUGAUUUCAGUCAGUCGCUGGCUUGAAAACAGUAAAGUGAUUGACUUAUGUACACCGAAUGCUGUUAUCAGAUCAUAUUUCACACCCAGAACCCGUUUCUUUCCUCCUCUGGGUUCAACUAAGGUGAAUUAAAGCCUAAAAGCUGAUCUGGAUGCUGACAUGUUAUCAGUUUCUCAGUCUCUCCCAUCGUUGCCUCAGGUUGCCUUCAGGUAGGAUGAACCAGGAGCAGCUGGGAAGUCUUAUAAAUUUGGCUUUGACUGUUAUCAGUUCUACCUGUGGCGAGUGAUAUCUCUCUUUUCUGUUGUUUAAGAUUUAUUUAAAAUCAAAUCAAAUGGCUCCUGCUGAUCCCAGGACGCACUGGGUCAGAGCCAAACAUCCACUCCUCCUGCACCAGCUUAAUUCUUACUAAACAGUGGCCUCUGAAAGACUGAAAACGCCACUGAGCGCUACUGAGAAAUAACCUGUGUCUUAGUAUUCACAUUAUUGUCAAUGCUAUAAUUAUUAUUAAGAGUCUAGACAAAGAGCCACACAAGUACGUUUAUGAAAGACUGAAAUUUUCCUAGCAUUUGCAACAUGUCAGUGUUACGUGCACUUGAAUGCAAAGUAAGGAUUUGGCAGCAAAUUCACAAAAUGCUGUCAGUCUUUAACCAGGUGAAAAGGGUUUAGAAAUUCAUUUAAAACCUGGUGGACGUGAAGAGCUGCAACUUUCACCCAUGUUUAACAAGCAAUAAAAAUGUCUUGUCUAGUCCAAGCUGCAGCCCUGAUACCUUAAGACCUUCAGCUGAAAUCAUAUAAAUAGACAAAUCCUCACAUUUAGAGAAUAUUUGAAGCUUUUGGGUGAAAAAUGAUGAUUAAUUCAGUAUUUAAAUAGUUGCAGAAACAUUGUUUGCUGACUGAUUGUUUCCACUCAAGUUGGGUGUUUAAAGUUUGUGAGGUUCUUUGUCAGGAAGCUUCUUAAUAAUGAAUAGUUAAUCUUCCUCUCGUCCUCUAAGCUGUCUCACUUCUCAAAGCAAUAAGAUUUUAUACUUCCUUAUUCCUGUCUCAGAGUUUAUCCUGAUGGAGACUGAUUUCUCCUUCACCUGUGGAGUGGACAUGCCUGUGGUUUCAAGUUCUUGAACUCAUUUUUGAGGUGUUUAAUCGCACGUGUACAGUAUUUCCUUAAAGGGCUCUCCCCACUCUGUCUGCUCUGUUUACUGUUUCUGUCUUUAUUCAGACAAGUUAUCGUCUCUUCUGCGAUGGAUUGUUUUUUCUUGUCGGAGAAAAGCAACACCCGGGCACAUACUGUAUGAUCCAGAGGAAAAAGGAAGGAAGCCUCACUUUGUUUGGGAACUGUACAGAGAAGUUUUUGAUAUGUUUUUUUGAAAUGGGAUGACAGGAAUCUGUCCACGUGGCUCAGCUUUUUUUCUCGUAACACUGUAAACUGACUUCCUGUUAGAGAUGCUCCUGAUGGCAUCCACUUCCUGUGCGGAGGAGAGUUUUAUCCGGAGGGAGGAGGCGACGGAGAUAACGUUGCUCUUAGGAGGGAAGACGUGUGGAGAGGCGGAGGGAGGUCAGGACGAUGACGGGAGGAGGUCGACUCAGCUCAGGCAAAAAUAUUUUAUAUUUUAAAUGAAGAUUUGUAGCUUUGUAUCUCACAGGAGGUGAACCACUUAUUUUAGGAUGAGGUGGAAAUAUUUUGGGGAAAAAAUGAAUGAGAAAUAAGUCAUCAUUUUUAGAAUUAGUCUAAAUUAAAAUAAAAAUUUAAAACACGUUGAAGAGAACAGGUGAAAGCAAACUUUCACCUUUUGUCAUAAAAUUAUAUUCUAAAAUAAUUACUUUUUCCCAAAAGUAUUAGACAUUUUUCUCAUAUUUAUGACUUAAUUUUGUAAAUUGCUACAAAGUUUUUCGUGGUCAUAAAAAUAUUUUAAUAUCAAAACUCACGUGUUCCAGUCGAGCUUUUCAAAUACUUUGUUUUAUUAAAAGUUUUAUAAAACUUAAAAUGUUUGUUUCCGGAUUCGCAGUAGUCAGAGAAAUUGUUUUGCUCAAAGGUCAGCUUGCAAACAUUUAAAACAACUUUGAUUGCAUUUCUGUGUUUCUGUUAUAUCACAGCAAUAUUGAAUUUUAUAGAUUUUAUUUUAAGUUAAAAUUCUUUUUUGUUGUUUUUGACAUUCCGACACCAGCUCAGUCAGUGUCUGUGUGUCUGAAUCAGCCGCCUGCUGAAAGACAAAGAAACCAGAUCUGAACAGAGUUCGGAGGCCAGACGUGCAAAGGAUGCACGUGCAUAAAAAAACAGCCUUAUAAACAGUAUUUCAUAACGAGAACGUGCUGCUGGUUGAAAGCCAGGAGUUUGUGUGUUAACAGCCGUCAGAAAGAAAAACAGACUCCUCAGCGUCCACGUGGACUUUGACUCCAGCUUUCUCUCCUCCUGUUGUCCUCCCACGCAACAGCUGAGUCACAGUAAAAACAAACCCCUCCGACCGCUGAGCAGCCCUUUAACCUUCAGUGUGGAAUCACUGAUCGACACCUGUGAGACCGGACACACAUGAACUAUUCUCCCUGUGCCUGCUUUACGUUUUGUAAGGAGAUUUUACCGACAUUACAACACCACUACAACACAUCUGUAAAUCGUAGGCGUUUCUGGAUUGGAGAAACGUCCUACAUAUGGAAACUGAUGUGUUCAGUCAGUGGACGGUCCAGUAGUAAUAAACAGACGACCAUUGACACUGUUAGUUAUGUGUUUAUAGCAGCAGCACCACAGUGUACUUAUGAGACGUGCUCAGUGAUCAUUCAGUAACCCAGUCAGUGUUUCAGUCGUUCAACAGAACAAAAAAAUCAACACAACAUCAACUUAACAGCUUUUUCCAGAACUUAAAGGACUGAUGAAGACCAUGAGAUGUGACUGAAAGUGUAGCCUGACUGACACUGGAUGUUUGAGAUUUUGAUUUUUUAACAAACUUACCAAACAUAAACAGUUUUUAAAAGGAUCCUCUACGUUAUUGGAGAAUUGUGACCAAAAUAUUUACCUAUCAGUGCUUAAAUGCUUGACAAAAACAAUCUCUCCACAAGGGCCAUUUAGUAUUUGUUCUGUAGUUUUCAAUCAUAUUACAUGGUCUUCCUCUCCAAGAAAAAUUUGCAACAAUAGACGUUUAAAGUCCAGUAUUUCUGAGCCCUCACUCGUCCUUAUUAGCUUCUCUGAAACAGCUAGAGCUGUCCCAGACUAGGAACUUUCCUAGUCGACCAGUAGUCGUCAUUUAGGGCCGUUAGUGGACUAGUCUCCUGCAUGUUUCUGAUAUGAAUGUAAUUACUCAAUGAUAUAUUUUGGUGGUUUGAGUUGAAGGUGUGAGAAAGAAUAGUAUCAGUAACAUUGUUAACACUGUGCUACAUUACAGAGAAAUAACCGCAGGUACCAGCCCUGGAAAUUAACUGAUACAUGGACUUGUUGCAAACCUUGGAAAAAGCCAGUAAGUGGAUCUUUUGUUGAGAUUGCUAUUGUGUCUUUUUCUCUUGUGUAAAAUGUUUUGAUCACACCACCCAAAACCUCUGAUAAGCUUGUUGCUCAGUCGGCCUCGAGGUGAAGAUGAGUUGAAGUCCCCCUGUUAAAUUACCUGUUGGGUAAAGACGGAAAAGUAAUACCCAGGUGUAACUAGAGAUCACUGUGUCUCACACCUUUUAGUGUCCAGCGUCUGUCCUGAGUCUCUGUCCUGGACUUGAUAAUAACUGAACAUCUGGACGGACGCCUGAUGUUUCAUUCACACAUUCCUCCUCGUGUUUGUCCACCGCAGCAGCUGUAGGAGAAGCGCCUUGCUCAAGGGCACUCUUAGAGGACAGCUGACGGGGCUGCAGGUGACCUUUUACCUUUUGAACUGAAGACCAACAAUAGUCCACAGAAAAACAAACUUUUCUUGAUUCUUAUUUUGCGUGGGUGAGGGCAGCAGCUGCAGCAGGAGGCUGACUUGUGUGUUGUUGUUGUUGUGUACGGUACUGUCCUAAUACAAAUGCACUGUUUCCCAGAAUGCACUGUGUUCCCCCUGAGCCGGGCAGAGAGGGUGAAGCUGGUCCAAAACGUUCUGAGAAAACUAUUGAAAUCAAAGCAGCAUUCAGGACAGUUUUAAAUCUGAAUUUUUAACAAUUAACCUACAGUUUUCAUUCAGUUUGUACUGUUUUAAAUUGUGAUUUUUUUUUUUGUGUGACAGUUUAAGCGUCAUCUUAUUUUACGUUAUUUCUGUUUGACCCAACCCUGCUCACAUUGUCUCAGACUAACGGACCAGCUUCACCUGCGGCUGAGAUGACUCGUCUCCUCUGCCCGCCUCCUUUCACUUCCUGCGGCCUUGCCUCGUGCACGAACAUAAUUUUGUUUGUUGUAGCGUUUUUCUGUCUGAAUGUGGUUUCCUCUCUGAACCAGUGAAACAGGAAGUUUGUCCCCGGUCGCUUUUUUUUUGUUUGUUUUUGAUUCAUCAACGAAAAACACAAACUCUGUGAAUCCUGUGGUGGGAUUGUGUUUGUGCAGACGGCCUCAAAUGACCAUAGAGUCCAAUGGGAUUGGGUCCAUAAAUGGAAACGCAAAAAGGUUAAACGUCAGAGUUUCUGUGUGUCUGCAAAGUUGGGAAGAGUUCGACAAACAAACACAGAUGUUAAAGAAGUUUGGUGUAAACCAUUUUGACCUGUGACUGAAUUUGUCAAAGGUUGUUGGGACACUAUGUGAGAUAGUGAUAUGUGAGGUUAAGCAGUGAUAAACAGGAAAGCUGUAAGUGUUCAAACACGUGUCAGAUGGUGUUUACAUCCCGUCAGGAGGAAGUUUCCCCCGCAGACGGAGGAGCCAUCAGGAAGUGAGAUUGAUAAAUGAGAUAAAACCAAACUUCCUGACAGUGAUGACGAUAAUUGUGCUUCCAUUGUGAGACCUCCGCCACCCAUGUUCAGGUUCACCAGUGUGUUAACCUGUGUGUGUUAGACUGAACAGAGAGUGUUGGAUUAAUGGAAGACUGUAUUUCACCUGUGUUUCCAUUUGUGUUUGAUGAUGACUGAAGAUGGAUUUUAAGUAUGCACAACAACUAUUAAACUGAAUUUACUGCAACAAACUAAAAUAACUCAAAGAAAACAAAAAUUGUGCAAAUGUAAAAAGUAAAGCGUCGACUUUAUAAUUUAAAAACACAGUUGUUAAUUGUUACAGCGCCCUUACAUCCUUGAAUUUGGAUUUGUGCCUCUGAAAUUUGGUGAUUUUUCUCAUUGAGCACCCUUUGAAAUGUGAAAUGUUUUCACAGGAAAUUUAAAGUUGACAUAGAGUCUCUUUCAAAAUAAAUGCAGUACGUCAGUGCAACAAUGCAAACUGACGCUUUUCUUUCUCUAACAACUAACACAUGGUUAGGUCUAGGGGAAAAAAACAGGGUUUAGCUUCAUAAACUUACGGGACGCGAAAACUGCUCUGCGUUCGUUCUUGUCCUGCUGCGUUUCUCCCUGACGCGGCCGAGCACCUUUAAACUGUAACAGCAACUAGCCGCGUAUCAUGCUGUUGGCAAGUCACUGCCCAAGGGCCAGAUUUUGACCAUUUCGGAGUGAGACCAGGUUGGAAAUGAACACGUUUACAGCCUGGUACAAAAACAGUUUUAGUCUCUAUAGCUAAUUUAAUUAAGUUACCCAUUUAUAUUUCAUUAAGGCUUACAGUUCAGCAUGGCAGUUUGAGUGACAGUUUGUCUGCCAAUGAAGUCAGAUCCACCCCUCGCUCCUCCAAAGUGCUGCCCUCUCCCACAAAUAUGGUCACUUCUGGCUCCAAAAAAACAAGAUGGUGAACUGAAAAAAAUUCUAAAAUUCUAAAUUUUAUUUGUCGUAUAGUCCCAAAAAUGCUACAGUCCAAGGAUUAAAGUUCUUAAUUUUAUUCUUAGAAUUCCCCUUUCUUUGUGUUUCAAUUUCCAAAAUUAGUUUAAUCCCAAAUUUAAUUUGUUAAAAUACCAAAUUUCUGCCAUCUGAUAGAAUCCCAGCACCCUGAAACUAUGUCAUAUUUCCCAAAUUUGUUUGUAUGAGACCAAAUAUUGUGGUUUUGUGGUGGCUACAGUCCUCUGGAAACUCCCCAGAUUUUGUUUUUAUCAAAGAUUUGUCAUAUUAAACCUGAACAUGUUUGUUCAUCUCAACAAAAUCAGAGAGUUUAUUAGUAAAUGCACAAGACACGAUUUUGUUAAACUGAACACAGGUGACAUUCUCAGCUCCUCUGGAGGUUGAGGGUUCAGCUCUGCUCUAAACAACGUGUUUUCUUCCUUAAAUCUGGAUCUCAGAGACUUUUUAUUUUCCCACUCUGACCAAAUGUAUGAGGUGUGUGUGUGUGUGUGUGUGUGUGGCUGCUCCUCGCUUUAGUGCCUUUAUGGUUGUUCAGGAACAUUUAACGUUUCGUGUGAAAACUUUAGUUCCGACUUUUGUUUUUAAUUCUUUUCAUUCUGUCCUGUCGUGUUGCCUUUUGCACUUUGUGACCGCGUCAAUGUGGAAGAAACGACUCAAGUGUUUUAGUUUCCCACUGUUUGUUAAUGACUGCCUUCAACCAAGUUAACAACAUGUGAGUCACUGUAGCUCAAACUUUGAUGUUUGAUAAAUUCACAAGUGUGUUUUUAUUCCACUGACUGUUUGCAUGAGAAAAGAUGUUUUGUCUGUUUGUCCCAAACCAAAUCAAUCUGUUUAGUUACAGUGACAGGUUUCAUUGAAUAAGUCGAUUAAUCAUUUAAAACAGGUGUCAUAUUUUUCAUUUUGGAAUCAAACCCUUCACAUUUCUGUGUCGUGUCCUGAGGUGACACACGUGUGGACAUUAAAGGAGCUUUUAUGCAGUUUCACAGUAUUUUUUUAUUGUUAUUCUUCAAAAUGAGGAUCUGUCUCUGUCUGAUUGUUUGUGUGAAAUUAACUGAAAUAAAAAAGAAGAUA